AUUUAAGUAAGGAUUAAAUUGUGAGAAAAUAUUGUUUUGGGUCUAAUAGCCAACAUUCCUAAACUUGAGGGACUUAAAAGAGGAGAAUUUGGAUAAGGAUGGCUUAUUUCUUUUCUCCCUUUUCCUCUUUCUUCUCCAGCCCGUUUCUGCUCUUCUUGUUUCUCGCUGCACCCGAAAGAAAAAAAAAAAAAGAGGAACCCAGCCAUGCCUUGGAAAAUUGGUGAGAAAGCUUGGUUUUUGGCCUUUUUUUCUUGUCCAAGAACCUGAUUUGGAACCCAGAAAUGUUCCCCCCUUGCUGGAAAAACCGGAUCUGCUGCUGCUCUACUCCUCACCGCCGGCUGUUCCUUGCUUGUGAGUGCGAAUUGUCUUGAUUUUCUGAAUUUUCUGCAAUUGCCGCCGGCUCCCUCACCAGCCAUGCCCGGUUUUUGCAGCUGGAAAAUCUGGUAUGUUGACAGCUAUAAGCUUGAAAUUUUAUCAGUUAUUUGCUGCCCUGUGUGUGUCCGAAAAUCUGCAGAAAAAUGGGGGAAUUCCGGUAGCUUUAGGACCAUGAUUUAGCUUAAUUGAAGUGGGAUUUAUGUGAUUGAGUGUUAAUUGCUUGUGAUUUUUGGAGAGAAAAUCCUGUGGAAUUAGCUAGUGUUUUGGCCAAUUUGUGAAAGUCGGGGUUACUGUUCACGUCAGGGUCACUGUUCACCGGCACUGUUCACACCCCGAGGGCCAACAAUUAACGGGGAUUUAAAUGAUUAGUUUGUGAUAUAAGAAUGAAUUUGGAGAUAUUUGAUCAUGUGGAAAUUGAUAAGAAUAGUAUCGUGAUUAGGGAUUAGUCAUGAUGAUUUCAGUUUGAACUUGUGAUAGUCUGGUAUUGAUUCUCGGAUGUUUUGAUUAGGUUCCCGAUCGUUCUGUCAGUUAGCAUUGAGAUUGAGUGCUCGGUUUUAUGCGAGUGAGGUAAGUAAAUUUAUGGUAAUGCCCGUACUGUUUUUAAAAGCAUAUUUUGAUUUGUUUUUUUGAAGUGGUGGCGGGACUAAACCCGUUAUAUACAAGCAUGACUGAUUUGAAGCGAAAUUUUUAUGUUUUCAUUAAAUUGAGCAUGCCUACUUGGAAUUUAAGUGACUAUCCUGAUGAUCUGAAAGUGAU